ACUCUCAAUCAACAAUCCAGCUCGCGAGGAGAAGAUUCGCAACACACCGCGAUCCGUCACCGUCUUCACUUUUGACAUCUGCAUUGGACCAGAAACAGCGAGCAACUCAACGAGAUGACUCUGUGGGGCCUUUCCAGCUUGGAUUAUCUCAGGCGUCUCUGAGGCAGCAGGAAAAUGUGAAGAAAUGGUCUGAAUUGAGUGUGGGGGGAAAGUGAUGCGGACGACAGCAAGGACGACGAAUUUAACUGUCAUCUUACUUGGCGCCGGAUUAUCCGCGGUGCUUAUUUAUGCUUUAUCAUCAGAACUCUUCUCCAAGAACUCGCCUACGGUAUUGUAUGGUGACGCCUGUGAACGGAUCAAAGCAUCACCCCGGAUCGCAAAAUACCUUCACGCGCCGUUGGUUUUCCAUAACAACCCACCGUCUACCCUACGCCCCCGUCAUCGCAACAGACACGUAUCUUCACAAAUCACAGUUGACCACACUGGUCGCGAACACAUGCUUCUCAAUUUCUAUGUGAACGGCCAGGCCUCAUCCUCGACGUCGGUUACCAGUGAAGAAUCAACUCUUGCUGGCUCUGUAGUUAAUUGGACGAGCGAUGCGGCAUCAUCGCUGUCGGAGCUGACAUUAGAUGAGACUAUUGAUUGGACAAAGAAACGCGCUUCGGACUCAUAUGAAACGUUGAAGAGGGCGUUCAAGUAUCUAAGUGGUGAUCCUGUCCCACCAGCUUCCUUGCCGCAAAAUCAGCCAGCAAGGGACGUUGCACCUCAGCAAGCGGAGGCAGGUAGUGUAUGGAAUUUCGCAGGCCUCUUUUCUGGCCUGAAAGGGAAGAAAUCGAGCUCUAUUGACGGGAGUUCUGACCGUGCUAAUGGACAUCUGUACACGGAGGGUGAAGUUCACGCAGAUCUGAUCAGGAACGACGAAGGAUACUUCGUCUUCCGAUAUCUUUUGAUAGAUAUUCCAAAUUCAGGGACAAGAAACCCUAUACGAGUAUUCGUGGAGCAGGGACCCGGAGUACGAGAAAAUGAACCUAUCAUGCGAUGGCAUUCAUAACUGCGACAUACGUUAUGUUGCUACUGCGUAUCAAUCUAGGCAUUACUACACCACUUCAUAAUACGCAGGUCGUCAGAGUGCUUGGCUCACAUCUAGGAGAUAAAAACCUUAUUGUCCACACGUGUAUUAUUAUUUCUUACAAAAACUGAGAAUAUAAACUCUUAAGCAGCGCCGUACUACAGUAAGAGGUGGGGGAGUGUAUCGGUUGUAUCAAGAAUAACAUCCUACG